GGCUCGCUACCUGUGCAGCUUUGCCUGGUCGCUGCGCGACAUGCUGCGCGACGCCGAGGACCGCGACGACAUCCUCGACGUCCUCCUCGACGCCGAGGAGGCGAGCUGGGUGGUCUCGCAGCGGUCGAGGCCGCUCGCGCUGCUCGGGCGGGUGAGGCAGGUGCUGAUGCGCGAGCUGGACGCGGGUGAGCUGUCCGCGACUCAGCACUACGCCAUCGACAUGGACGUGCGCGAGCUCUCCUCCGUGGUGGCCACGUGCGAGCGGCUCUUCUCGAGCCCGAUCCCGCCAAACAUGGCAAGGCACGGCGUGCGGUCUCUCAUCCUUUGGCUCUUCGGCAUCCCGAUCGUGCUCGCGGGCUCGAUGCACCCCGCGCUCAUCGCUCUCUGCGUGGCCUCGACGACGUACAUCUACUUUGGCAUCAACGAGCUCGGCAUCCAGGUCGAGCAGCCCUUCAAGAUCAUGCCGCUCUGGCAGCUGUGCCACCUCGUGCAGUACAACAUCGAGGAGGCGAUCGGCUCGCCCGAGCUGCCGCUGCUCAUCAAGCGCGAGCGCGAGAUCGAGGCAGUGCCCCACUGGGAGCGGUACGACGGCUCAGCGCCGGUGUAGGACCAGGUCGCCGCGCUUGAGAGACUUGUGUCGAGCCUCACUGUGCAGUCGAGGCCACAGCUCCGUGAGAGACCGCGCGCGUUGCGUGUUUUGGGAGCGUGUGCUGAGGUGAGCCUCGUGAGCCGUACGUCAGUGUAUUAGUGGCGCCAGAGAUCGCGACAGGGCGAACGACGCGUCGAUAAUCGUGUACAUUAGAGA